AUGGCUGGAGACACCCUCUUCAAAGACGAGAUCUGGUGGAGAGACCACCAAGUAUGGCUCGACGAACGCGGCUACAAGCUUCGACCAAGACUCACUCCUGGUUGGGUUCCGUCUUGGCUCGGAAAAGGAAAGGGUGUUCGGCGGCAUAAGUGUGAAGACUAUCAAUAUGAAAUGCAUCCCAGCGUACAGGAUGCGCUUCGAAAAGACAACAAUCAGAGGGUCAUUUUGAAGAAGAUCAACACAACCGAAUACCCGAACGAACAAGGAAUCGCAACGUACUUCUCCUCAAAAGAACUUGCGGAUAUACCUGAAAAUCACUGUGUGCCGAUAUUGGAAAUAUUGCACAUUCCGGAUGAAGAGCAUGUCAUUCUUCUUGCCAUGCCUCUGUUACACCAUUGCUUGAAGCCACCUCUCGAGACGGUGGGAGAAGUCGUUGAAUUCUUCAGACAGGUAUUUGAGGGUAUACAUUUCAUGCAUCAACACAGAAUUGCCCACCGUGACUGUCAUGGACCCAACAUUCUAAUGAACGCUGACGCGAUGUACCCUUCCGGGUUUCACGCUGUAAAGCAAGAUAUGCUCCCCAAUUGGAAGGGGAAAGCGAAGCACUUUUCUCGCACAGAGCGCCCACCCAAGUAUUACUUGAUCGACUUCGGACUCUCGGUUCGCUUUGACCCUGACGAAUCUGCUCCGCGGGCGCGAGUGAUUCGGGGAGGCGACCGCGACUAUCCCCCCGAACUCCUGGAUCGAGAUGUUGAAUAUGACCCAUUUCCGACCGACGUCUUUUAUCUGGGCAAUAUAAUCAAACAUGAAUUUACAGAGGGAAGUAGCCACAUCCACAGCACGAAAAAAUUGGGAUUUGAGUUUCUGGAAGGCCUAGCUGCUGACAUGACGAACCCAGAUCCAUUGAAACGACCUACAAUGGAUGAGGUCGUGAGUCGCUAUCGAGAAAUCCAGCAGGGGCUAUCUUCGUGGAAAUUGAGGCAGAGGGUUGUUCGUUCCGACGAGUUUUUCUUAACUGCACUAUUCAGAAGUACAAGGCACCUGGGUAGAACACUGGUGUACAUUGCUAAGCGGAUUCCUCCGCUUCCCAGACAACAAUGA